AUGUAUGUGAAAUGGUUUGAUACAGUAAUGUUUUACUAUGUGAUUUUAGUGUAUUUAGUGAAUGUCACUUUUUCACAUUUUUAAAUUUCCCCGCCGUUCCGUUCCCGUACGUCCUGACGUCGCAGAGAACGGAACCCAGAAGACGGAUGCCGGCAUCGGCCGGAGGACAUUGCCGGGGACACUUCAGGAGGGACAUCGCGGGAGCGAAGGACAAGGUAAGUGAAGAAGAGAUCCCGGAGCAACGCUGCAGGAAAUUCCCGAGUGUAGCUCGGGCUUACCGCUUGUGCUACACUCGGGAAUACCGCCAGGGAGGU